UUAAGCCGGCGCUCAAUUGAAACCGGUUUUUGGGGGAUUUGAGACGCGGCUUAAAUUCGUUAAAUUCGGACACAGGUUGAAAUAACUGACACAAAAGAGAGAUUGACCGGAAACCAGAGAAAAGAAAUUAAAAUGGAAAAUAUUAAAAUCACAGAAGAAAUUCUCCCCUCCUCUACUGUAGAGGAUACAUCUACUGUAGAGGAUACAUGUACUCUAGAGGAUACAUGUACUGUAGAGGAUACAUGUACUGUUUAUAUAAAGGAAGAAGAUGUAAAGGUUGAGAUAAGUGAACCUAAUCCAG